UUACUGCUUUUCUUUUCUUUCGCAGUAUUACAUAAAAUUUCAGAAAGAAAAUUACGAUUUAUUUUGAGAUAUAUUCAGUAAUAUUUCACUAGCUUUUAUUUUAUUUUUCAUUAAUUUUAUGAUGCUUUCGGCAUAAUAUUUCCAUCAAGGUUUGUUUUGUUAUUAACAGAUCAAGAAAUAGAAGUCGAUCAAUUAAAUGAUUUGACAGAAGAUCUUAAGAUUUUGAUACCUAACAUUGGACCUCGACGAAAAUUCCAAAACAACUUAAGAAAGUAUUUAGAUAAGGUAUUCGUUGUAUAUUAUUUUUUUAAAUUAUGUUAUGUUGUUCUGUCAUCUUUUCCUUAGGAUUGCAACUGAUCUGUCUAUUAAUAUUUCAGAUUACACCAAAAUCCGUUGAAAAUAUUGAUUCAAAUAGUCAACUGCUACAAACCAUACAGCAAGAAGAUUUAAGUAUUACAAACUCAUCGAUAAAAAGACGAAGAACUGAUAUUGAGGCACAAUCUUCAUCACCAAAGCAAUAUUACGAUGUAGACAAUAAUGUUACGAAUAUUUUAGAAGAUUUCAUUCCAACUUCUCCAUCUGAAUCUCUAUCUACAUCUGCAGCGAGUACAGAAUUUAAUGUUACAGUGUUACCAAAUAAGUGCAAUGUUACCAUAUCUGCAGAAACAGAGCAACAUGCAACAACUGAUAAUGAAUAUAAUCUGGAAUCUAUAUUGAAUAAAUCUGAGGACGGACAGCUUGUGCUUAGCGUAUAUAAAAGUCAAGGAAAAUUAAAUAACGACUUACGCAAUAAAUUAGCAAAACUGAAACGACUCUCCGUUGGGUUAAUUUGCGAACCGGAUUUAGCUCGUCGGGCAGGAGUUCGCGGCAGAGUCAGGGCACGACAAUGA